AUCGUGCGGCAGGUUGGUGCGGUACGCUUGGAUACUACUACAUGGGUAGUGGGUUGGAAAGGCGUUUCUUUCAGAAAUGUUUCAGGACUAGAUAAUUUGUUCGUGACUGCUCUGUGUAAUGCGCGCCUUAAAGUUUAACUCAAGAAAUUAUGUGAAGUCGUAACGCUAAACGCUCUCAUGCCGAAGAUUUGAUAAUACCUGCGUCCAAAUAAAUCCCUGUCUGGUGUUCAUAAUGGCUUCAUCGAAUAGAGGUAUUCAGAUAGGUUCUGCGUGGUUUCAACGAAAAAUUAAUCUUAGACCUCAACAUAGAGGUGUACAUUUAGUAACCGAAGAAAUUCUUAGGCAAAUGCCUGAGAUAUGCCAGUUUUCAGUGGGGUUAUUUCAUGUACAGAUUUUGCACACUUCAGCUAGCCUUGCUUUAAAUGAAAGUUGGGAUCCUGAUGUAAGGGAUGACAUGGAAAUGAUGUUAAAUAAAAUAGUGCCUGAGGGUUUGGCGUAUAGACAUUCCUGUGAAGGCCCGGAUGACAUGCCGGCGCACGUGAAGGCAUGCUUCCUCGGCUCGUCCCUCACCAUCCCGAUAACGGACGGCAAGCUGAACCUGGGCACCUGGCAGGGCAUCUGGCUGUGCGAGCACCGGGACCACGCGGGCUCCCGCAAGGUGGUCAUCACCCUCAACGGCUGCCUCAGGGACUCUAGCCGGAGCCCCCUUUCCCCCGUGUCGCCCAUGGCCUCCACCAGCAGUUAAGGCACGCUCCUUCCGCCGUGCCGUGGAGAGAAGUCGUCUAGAAGAUUUUGGCUAUUCACUGCCACAGCUCAAAAACGUUUAGUUCGUAUUUGUGGGUUGGGUCGAUAAAUAUGUGGUGUACGUGGUGCGGACAUGCAACAUCAACGCAAAAACAAGCACGGAGUUGUUCCGCAGUCAAAACCAUAAUUCAUUGGCAACUUUUUGGGAACCUCACACACACACACUACAAAAAAACACUAUGUAGUUUCAUAACUAGUGUUGAAAUUGUCACAUUUUGUACACAACCAUCAAGAUGUCAAUAGGAAUUCCUUAGAAAAUUACUAAUUUUUUUUUUAGGUUGCUGCCUUCUAAAAGUUAUGUACUGCAUAUGUGAAAAUUUAAGUUCAAUCAGUUUUGUGUUACACUUGAAUGAAUCUACAAUCCUUCGUACACUGUUGAGACAGAGGGUCGUCAUGUUGAAUUUUGACUGUCCCAAUUUCACAGUGGCAUUUUCAAUUGUUUUUAAUUACUGCAGUUUUAUACAAACAAAAAAGUAUUCCUUCGUACCUGAUAACAAAAAAAUCCCAACGAUUAUAGAGUUAUACAAUAGCAUUAUGUAAGAGAUAAGCAUUUUAAAACUAGUUGUAAUACCUAUUUUAAAUUUGUCAUGCCCACUGUUAAACCAAGUUACUACAUGGUACUUUGCAGUCUACUCUUGUAUUAUUUUAAGAGUGCUUGCAACUACAUAUGGAUUUCUGGCUGGUUCGUUUAGCAUCUAGCUGCGUAGAAUCUUCAUUUCAGACUUACAAGAAUAGGAAGUUUAUGUAAAAAGUGUAAUACAUAUGUACAUUCUAAUAUCUUGAUGCCUCAAGAAUAAUUAAUGAAUGUAUGCUUUUUGACCAUAAUGACAUUAUCUUGUGACUUGCAUUUUAUCAGUACUUAUUUAUUUUUUUUUUUUUUAAUUAUUUGUUUAAUUUUGGUGUCUGAUGUGAAAUAAAGGUGUGCUUGCUAGUCACUUUUAGAAGUCUUCCACAUUCUGUAGUAAAGAAAUACGACAUUGGGGAUACAUCAGUACAUACUUCAUGUUUUUGUACAUACAGAAUAAUUCACGUGAAGUAGCUGAACAAACCAGACAGACAUGUCUAUGCUUGCAAACACAGUUACAUAGCUCAUAUGAGGUUUAUUGGAAAUCAAGUACAUACAUUAGUAUAUUGUGGCCUUAUAUUUGUGCAUAAAAAUUUUUUAUUUUUCUUUUAAUACUGGAGUUGUAAUUGUUCCUGUCUCUUUGUCUUAUCUAUUAAACUUUGAUGUCAGUCAUUUACAAUUAAAAGGUUAUAGACUUGUGCAGUAUGAAAUCAUAAAUAUUUUAAGCAGAAAAUUUUAUUAAUAAUAGUGAAUAUAUUUUUUUCUAAUUCAUUUACUUCACCUUGGAACAAGAAAAGGCAAAUUUCUUUUGGUGCAUGUUUGUGAUUUCCUUAUAAUUAUUUGUUAUAGAAUAGUUUAACAAAUUAAUUUCAUGAUGUGGUCUCUAAAAUUUAUUCUAUGAAUUGUGGAUUUUAAAUGUUUGUGGUUAAGAGUAAUUUUUUCACAAGUGAAGUGUUGCUUCUGCACAAUGUAUUUUUAUGUAAUUUUGAAUACCCUUGCUAAACUUAUCCAUACUGCUCUACAAGGGGGUAUAUUUAUGGAGCAAGUAGGUAGUUUUUAGGUAAUUUUGCUUUCAAGUUGGUCGGUUUACAGACACUCGGUUUCUUCCAUCUUCAGGUUUUGGCAGUGUAGCAAUGACAGUAUCUAAUGGCCCAUGUUACUAAAUGUUUAAUUAUCCCCUUAGUGAAAAGUAUUACAAUAUAGGUAGUAUGUUUUUCCGCCUUCCUUACAUUUACAUACCGAGUUAUUUUAUAGUAGUGGAAUUUUACACUGUUGACCUGCCUUAGGUUGUAAACAUAGUGGAUUUGAGUUGGCAAGGCUAAUGUCCCACAUUUGAGCUCGGAGGCUUAAGGUGACUGAACUACUAAGGUUAUAGAGUUCUGAACCACUUUGAUUCCGACUCAGUGCUCAUGAAUUUGAGAGAAUCAGGCUGUUGGGAUCAAACUCACAACCCUUACCAUUUGAGCGUCACAUGUUUUUUUUAUGGUUAAGGACCCUGACUAUGUUAGACUCUGUGAGUUAAUCUGUACCUGACCACCGCUGAAUUAAUAUGUGCAUAUAAAAAGUAUUUGCACAUCGGGGCUAACUAAUGGUCAGUUAAACACUUCACUGAUAAGUCUAUAUGUAAAAGAGAAUAAUGUUAAAGAUAAUUGAAAGCUUUUUUUUAAUGUAAGGCAAGUGAAAAAAAUGUUCUGGAAGUGAAUAGCAUUGUACAUCCACUCCACAUCAACACAUUUUUAUAUUUACUUAAAAAAUAAUACAUAAUCUUUGUGAUGGCAUACAUAUGUAGAUAAGAUUAUAUUGACAAAUCCAAUGUCCUCGAACAUCACCGCUUCACUUCAAUACUUAAUAAGGUGAGAUAAGUGAACAGUUUAAGGAACUAGUAAUUGUGGCCUUCAGGCCCCGCAAUGUACUAUUUCUGAGCCUUGGCAAACACUGUUCUCAAUGUGCUAAGAAGCAGGUAUAUAUAGUCCUAUCUGAAAAUGUCCAAGCUAAUGCCUGAUAAUUUUUCCUCCAUGGAGUGCGUGGGUGCAACUAAAGUUGGGAACGUUCCGUAAGUAUUCUGCCGUGCGCUCGUGGGUGGAGAAGGUGGCUCUCGGCUCGCUGAACCUCCAGCUUCUCAUGCGGACCCUCGGCAGUCGGGGAUACUGAUGCGAGGCAGGCCAGCAAGUUGCACUCCCUGCUGGCAGUGAUCAGUUUCCACGUCCCUGACGUUUCUGAUUCCGGGCGUGUUUCCUCUCGCACUGGUGACUCGCAGAAAGUUGCUCUGCAUUGACUCCAGUUCCUGCUCGAUGGGUUUCUCCGACGCCUCGCUGAAAUAGUGGUGGCUGCAGGGGGUUUGAUGGCCCAGUGGUACCUCCUCCAAGCCACUCAUCCUCUUCACUGUUUCACCAGCUCACUGUUGUGCGUGGAUCUGGCAGACCACGCCUCUUCUCUGGCUAACAAGUUACUAGUUGCUCUCCACGAUUCUUAUUUCCCCCCAGCGCUGCCCCCUGGGGAACUGCUGGUUUACACACCCAGUGGGCAGCAAGUGUGACGUCAAGCGCAUUUGUCUCGCUGCUGGUAACCCACCGGUAAACAGGGCAAGCACACGCGUACACUAGGUGAUUUUCUCCUGUUUCCUCCACUUGUAGAUGAUAGGAAAACUAUUCCUACAACGGGGUGUUACGUUAGUAAUAGUGGCACGCACCGUUAGAUAAUGUUAUAGUUUUGCAAAAAAAAAUCUGAUCAUUGAUAACUAUUUAAUUACAAAUUGUACCAGACACAAAUUAUCUCUCACUGUUAAUGAAAUUUUUUUUUUUUUGAUUGGUAUUCAACACCUUAUGUUCAAAAUCAUAUUUUUCACUAUUUUUACCAUUUCUGUGGAAAAAAUUAACUUAAAAACCCUUUUGUUUGACUUAAUUAGUUACAUAGAUUUGUACACAUUUUUUGUGUUCAUUGAUUUGUUGUGUUAUGAUCAUACAGUACACUCCCGAUUAUCCGCGAAAUUAAGUGGCAGGGCCACUGCGGAUAGUGAAAAUCGCGGGUAAUCCGCAAAAGAGCCAAAAAAGGAAACAUUAAUUUCAACUUAAAAAAUCUAAAAAUGUACGUACAGUAUAAGGGUGGUUAGCUAAAACACUUAAAUGUUGGUACAUGUGUAGGGUACAAAAAAACAAAAGUUCUGUAACUGAAAUCACACAAAACAUCAUACAGGUAUUUACCGUAUUUACCCAUGUACCACCCGCCCCCAUGUAUGACCCGCACCCCUAAUUUUCAACACACACUCCAGGAAAAUUUUUUUUUUUCACUAUAAUGUCAUUUACAUGUGCCAGCAUAAAUAGGGAAAAAGAGUCUGUCAUUGUAACAACAAAGUAAACACAGAAUUUUAUUAACAUAAAUGCAUGGAAUAUUAAGAAAAAACCAGUAAUAUUCAAUUGCUAAAACAACAGAUGUCAAUUUGGUGAAAUAAAUUUUAAAAUGUUGGAAUGCAAUAAAAACGAUCGUCAACUGUUCAGUCUGUUUCAACAUCCUGCAAAGAAAAAUUAAGAUCGUAGUGUUAACAAACUCAUUCAUAAAACCUGCCACAAAAGAAAACAACUGCAAGUAAAAAUAGGGCCUACUUACACUGCCGUCACUAAGAUCAUCUAUCAUGCUGUCAUCAGAAGAGUCAUUGUCGUUCCAGACUGCGUCGUCUUCUUUCCCAUCAAGUGAGUUGGAAAUCCCACACUUCUUAAAGGUUUUGACAACAAGCUCUGCGGGUAUGUUGUCCCACGCUGUUUUCACCCACUUGCAGAUAACAUCUACGUCAGGUCGCUUAAUGCGGCCCGUUGGUGUCAAUUGAUGCUCCGCACUUGCCAUCCACUCUGUGUACAGGCGUUUCAACGUUGCCUUGAAAGGCCUGUUUACACAGACAUCGAGGGGUUGCAGAAGGGACGUCAAUCCACCGGGAAUGAUUGCAAGAUCCGUUUUCUGCCUUUUUAAGGCAGAUUUCACACUUUCCGAUGUGUGCGCGCGUAAACUGUCUAGCACGAGCAUGCUGGGAACGUUCAGAAGUGCCCCAGGAUGUCUGCACCACACUAACUUUACCCAUUCUUCAACGAGCGUAAUGUCCAUCCACCCACGUUCUUGCGCUCUCACGAUAACACCUUUAACGUUUAUUUUAGGCACCGUUUUACGUUUCACCACGAGGUAGGGUGGGAGCUUGCGACCGUCGGCCGUAAUGCAUAGCAUUACCGUGCAGCGUUGCUAUUGCUUCUCGUUACCACCGGUUUUUAUGGAGACACUUUUUUCCCCCUUCUUGUUAAUAGUGGUAUCCAAUGGCAUUUCAAAAUAAACAGGCGUUUGAUCCGCAUUCCCAAUUUGAGAGAGAAGGUACGAAUGUUCCGUUCUCUGCCGAAUCACAAAGCGCUGAAAGUUCGUCAGUUUUGUUUCAUAUGCAUCUGGAAGUCUUUGUGCAAUGUUGGUACGACGGCGCAAACACAAAUCAAACCGAAUAAAAAACUUGUUUAGCCACGAACGACUGGCCUUAAAAUUAUCCACCCCACACUCUCUUGCAAUUUGUGUGGCCUUCAAUGUGCACAUUUCUGUUGAGACUGCGUAUCCAAAUUGCCGUUUUUCAACUACAUAUUCAUUCAGUUUUUCUUCUAUUUCCGGAUAAAAUGGUUUUUUUCCACGGAAUGCUCUCCGACUGCCCGCACUGUUAAAAAAUAUGUCCUUCUUUUUUCUCCAAUCUCGUAUACAGCUUUCAUCAAUGUUGUAUUUCCUACCCGCAGCACAAUUUCCAAUUUCUUCUGCUUCUUUUACCACUUUCAGUUUUUCACUUACAGUGAAUGAUCGCAAUCGCUUAGCACUCAUUUUCACUACUUAUUCACCGUUAACAGAACAAUAACGGCGGGUGGAGGUGUAGGUGGUACUGGCUUGAUGCUGCUCGGCACGGUCCGGCGCUGCCUGGAAUGCUAGGUCGGCACGGUCCGGCGCUGCACGGCACGGUUCGGUGCCGCCUUGGCACAUCCCAGCGGGCGACGCAAGCUGUACACGCGGCGCACGACGUAGUUAACAAUAUUGCUUGUUUGCUAUUCACCCGCGCUACAAUAUGAUAGUAACGGGUUGGAUACUUAUAUUUUCAUUGUAAUAAAUGCUUCCAGCAUUCUGUAAUGUACGAUAAAUCCAUUUUUUUCAGUCUUAAUUUUUGUCCAAAACCUCAAAUUCCGUGUAUGACCCGCACCCCGAUUUUUGAAUGUUGUUUUUCGGAAAAAAUGUGCGGGUGGUACAUGGGUAAAUACAGUAUUUAUAAUAAUCAAUGUAUACAUGGGCAACAAGCUGUGGGAUUUCCAGGGGCUGCCUGCGGGAAAACGUUUUGAUUCCCGGGGAUGUGGGGAGGGGGGGGGGUGUUUGGAUGCUGUGCUGGGCUUCCCUGGACCUACGUACAUAAGAGUAUACAUGUUUAACUGUGCACUUGAUAUACCUGAGAACUACAGAUAUAAAGUAAACUUUUUAUUAAUUUGCUAAGAUAAAUGGGUUAUAUAAAAAAAUUGUUUUCAAAUCAAUUUAUAACAAUAAAACAACAAAAUUAAAAUGUGUUUGUAUCAAGAUAAUUUUGAAGUUCUGAAUGUAAUAAAUCUUCUGUACAAGUCUAUAACCUUUGCUAAUCUAAUUUAAGAAUUGAAACGGUUUUCUGAGCAUACUAUGAAACCAUCUCACAUUGUAGAAUAUGUAUUGUAUAUUUUUUUUAAUGGUUUCUUGUAUUUGUGUGAAGUUUAUUGUGUAACGCGUAGGCACAUCACAUGUGCAUUACUGAUUGUUCCAAAUUGUGUGCAUUGUGUGUAUGCUUGUGUGGCCUUUAUAAAUAUUUUAGUUUUCAUUUCAUUGUGUUAUUUAUUAGUAAUACGUUCAGAUUUGAUUAAAAGGUAAGCUCAUAUUCAAAGUCUGAAGCUGUACCAAGAUUUGUGCCUCUUGAAGUACCUACUAUCUGUUGUGUAAAUAUUAUGUAACAAGUACAUGACAUGUUAUAGUGCGACGAGAAACAAAAGAACCUUCUCGGACAUUGACAUUGGUGUUAGGGCAGGUUCUUUAGCUAGUUAUCGCACUAUACUAUCAAAGCUAAUAAUAUUCUUUCUUGAGACAUCAAGACCAUUCCAAAUCAUAAUCAGUUUUUUGUAAUUAUACGAAUUCUGUAAGUUUCUUUUAGAUAGUUGUAUGUUUGAAGUUUGUUCACUUUUGAAAUUGAUUGUAUCACAUAGAGUAACUAACAAAACACAUUCCUUUUUUGUUUUAUUUUCCCAUCGUAGGGGUGAGAAAACUUAUUUCCAAAAUAUAUUUGCCUUUAGAUAUUUGGAAUUACUAGCCACAUUGAUCUAGAGUUUAAAACUGCAUGAUUUAUACUCAUGAUAUAAAAUAUAUGAUUAGUUAGAAAAUUAAUCUUUAGAAAUAAUUUAGUAUAAAUAGUCAGUUUAUACUCAGUUAGCAUAAACUUAUGCUUAUUUAGUGGAAAAGUGAUUGUUUACAAAUUGACAGGGUAUUUUAGCCACAUGAUUUUGUACUAAUCUCUCUCCAAUGUUAUGUACAAAUUUAUACUGUGUAGUAUACUAUGUAACUUUAUUGAAGUUUUUUAUUUUCUCAUCCCUACAGUUUGAUAAUGCGACAUAUGUACAUUGCAAUUUUUUUUUCUCAUUGGCUAUAUGAAGUUGUAGUUUUUAAAAAAGUUUGUAAAACUGAAUGUAAUUAAAUUGGGAUGAGAAGUCUUAUGCAAUAAUCAGACUAAACCAUCUUGAAGUACAGUGUCUGAAGUUCCAGCAGAUAUCUGUGGUAUAAAUAAAAUGUGCUCAUAAGCUGAUUCAAAUACAAUAAUUGUUGGCCAUUAGAGGGCUGUAACCUGUGUAGGUUCAGUUCCCUGAUGAAAUUUAAGUUGGUGUGAAGCUCAAAAAAAAGGGAUCUAUUUAAAAUAUUUAACACUGUUUAAUUUUGAAAAUCACAAAUGGUUUUUAGAAACCUUUUUGAAAUUUGGUUGAUUAGCUGGCAUCGUACUUUUACAUUUAAAAAUAAAUUCCAUCCUAGUUAAUGCUUUAUUUUAUUUGUUUAAAAAUAUGAGUUUGUUACAAUCACUGGCAUUGUGCCUGGAUUUAAGAUGUUGACCUAAGACUUAGUGGGAGUCUUGCCUGAGCUUGUACUAGGGAGAAUUCCUGCAAAAUGGACCACACGUGCUUUUGAAUUUCAUUUACUACAGUGGGCGUAUAUUUCCAUUGCAACAGAGUAAAAAAAAAGUGUUGUGUCGUUUCAGACACACCCUUGUACUGCAGUAUUUUAACCCUAAUUUUGAUUUAGUAAUCAAAACAUUCUUGCAUGCAGAUUAUUUUUUGGAAGGGGAGUAAAAAAAAUAUAUUAAAUUUUUUUCUAGAAUGUAUUGUAAAUUAUUGUGGUGCCAUAAACAUUUUUUUUGACAAAAUCUUCUAAAUUUACUGUUAUUAAAUAUCAGUUUGGAUUUCAUAGGUGUAGUAUGCCAAGGAAGUUUGACUUCGGAGUUAUUUUAUUAGUAAGCUAUAUGCCGUCAUUGCACGAUUGUGCCUGGUGAUGUCCCCACUUCAUGUUGGUGGUCGGAAACUUGAGGUGAGGGUGGUGGAUCGCGAACCCCAGUGCUGCUAACCAGACUUGGUGACAUCCUCUAGAGCAGUCGUGGCUGAUGUGGAGGUUGUGUAUUGACAGACGCAGAUGGUUGCAGAAUUGCUUGUGAAAAUGAAUGCAAAUGCAGCUUUUGUAUGAAGAAAUAUAACUAUAUAGACAAAUCCUGCUUGAGCAAAUAAAUUAAUGGCUUCCACUAACUCUUUCAUCUUAAGGAGAAGGUUUUCCUACAAUAUUGUUUGCAAUAACUGUAAUCCAAAAUACAAGAAAAUUUUCCUUUUUUUUUUUUUUAAUGUAUACAGAAAUUUUUGUUUAAUGUAAACAACAUUGCUUAAGAAAAUAGACUGAUGUUAUGAGCAUGACUGUCUAUAAAAAAAAUUAUAUUCAUUUAGUUAAUGUGACUGCAUAAAAAAAAUUGGAAUUUUCAUUCCCUAUAAUCUAUUUGUGUAAACAUUCUAACGGUAAUGAAAUUGGUGUGGUAACUAUUAUAAUGAAUAAAUAUUUAUGGAGUAAGUAUGGAUGAUAAAAUAAAAGCCAAGUCUAACAUUCAGGAAUAUAUAUGAUGUGAACAUUUCUCAUAAUUUGGUUACAAUUAAUUAACAAUUUCUGUUGCUUCUUGUACAUGCAUGGUGUAAGGAGUGUAUAUUGUGUAUAUUUUAGACUCUUCGUCGGUAUAUAAGAGCGUAUUGGUAAUCACGAUGAAAGGGAUUCAUUUGAAUCACAGUGUAAUAUAUUCUUCAUGGUAUGCAUGCAAGUUACAUGGCACAACUGUUUUUAGUAUAUAGAAUUCUUUAUUAUGGUAUUUGUGAAUUACUAUAUUUUGUUGCUAUAAAUACUUUUAUUACAGAU